AUGUUUCUGAAAUGUUUGGGCUACACAAGUUCAUCUAAGAAACGGUAUCUAACAGAAAUAGAAGAGUUGUGCCAUCAAUUUUCUCUUGGCGAGCUUAGAAAGUCAACCAACAACUUCGAUAGAAACAGACUAAUUGGACGUGGAGGAUUUGGUGAAGUAUAUAAAGGGUAUCUCCAACAUUAUGCUGCUUCUAAUUACAUGGUAGCAGUGAAGCGGUUUUCUGUGGAACACAGUGAAGUGUUCAAGAAUGAAAUAGAGUUGCUUUGCCAGCUUCGUCACCCUAAUUGUGUGUCUCUUAUAGGAUUCUGCAACCACAAGAAAGAGAAGAUUAUUGUGUACGAGUACAUGUCCAACGAAUCUCUAGAUCGACACCUAGGGGAACUGUCAUGGAAGAAAAGGUUGGAGAUAUGCAUAGGUGCAGCGCGUGGACUACACUACCUUCAUGCAGGAGCCAAGCGCACCAUCAUUCAUCGUAUUGUCAAACCUAGAACCAUUCUUUUGGAUGACAACAUGCACCCAAAACUCACAGGUUUCUGUAUUAGCGUAAAGGGAUCACACUUAAUGUCAAAGCCAAAGCCUGUUAAAGUAGAUAUUGUGGCGGGUACUCCUGGAUACAUGGCUAGGGAGCUUUUCACGGACGAUGCCAUCACAGAUAAAUCUGAUGUUUAUUCUUUUGGCAUGGUUCUUCUUGAAGUUGUGUGUGGAAGGAAAUACGUAACCAUGCCAGUUGAGACAGAAUUUCUGGAGAAGCCUGUUGAGGAAAAAGUUGAUGCGAGCAUCAAGGGAAAGAUUGCACCAAAGUGUUGGGAAGUCUUUAUAGAUAUUACCAAAAGAUGCGUGAUGCAUGAACCUGAUGAGCGACCAACAAUGGGUGAAGUAGAGGUGGAACUUGAGCAUGCUUUGUCGUUGCAGGAACAAGCAGAUAUCACAAACACUAAUGGUGAUUAUAACUUAUUUUCCACCACUGUUAUUCACCAGGAGGGGAACUAG